AGGAAAGGAACCUUUAAAUGAGUAAAAGUGACAUUUCUGUUGAACUGUGGAUUGUACGGGAAGAUUUGUGGUAUUACUUACUAGCGACGGACAGAAUGUGUCACCUGUUAAAUAAUGUAGCGGUAUAUCCUGGACCGGUGGGGUACUGGCACAUACAGGCCUGUCACUGAGCCGUUUGACACCCAGGGGUCCCUGCCUGGCUGCACCAUGGGAGCUUGUUACUACUGGCUAUUCUGCUGCGUAUGAAGCUCGAACGAUUAGCAUGGAGACCGACGGCUACACCCCUAACCUGGCCACCACGGACUGGGCUGGCAUGGUGGGGAGCAUUGGGGGGAUGGGAGGUAUAGAGGAGGGUGCCCAUGGGUCGGCAGGCCCCUCCAGCCCAGCCUGGUACAUGCCCUACCCGCUAGGCUUCCAGGUGUCCCUCACAGCCGUCCUGAUGCUGGAGCUGGUGCUGGGCUUCAGCAGCAAUCUGACCGUGCUCGUUCUCUACUCCUCCCAGUCCAACCUGGUGGACUCGGUCAGCAACAUGGUGACGGUCAAUUUGCAUGUGUUGGACGUUGCUGUAUGUGUGCUGUGUCUGCCCCUCACCCUGGUGUUGGUGCUGCUGCCGCCAGGACCCAAUCUGGCCCUGCUUUGCUGCUUCCACGAGGCCUGCGUCACCUUCGCCAGCAUUGCCACCGCCAUCAAUGUCCUGGUCAUCAGUGUAGACCGCUACGACAUCUCUGUGCGACCAGCCAACCGGCUGCUGACCCUGCGGAGGGCAGCGCUGCUGUUGGCUGCUGUCUGGGCCACCUCUCUGGCUGUUUUCUUCAUUCCUUUCCUGGAGGUGGAGUUUUUCUCUGGUGCUGGUACGAACAGUGGCCAGCUCAGUCAUUCAUCCUCCCCCCCAACCCCCUCCUCUCUGGCGCCAGGUUGGCAUAACCGAACCCUGCUGUGUGUGGGAGGGCAGGGCUACCACACAGGCCUGAGCAUGUACUACCACCUCUUGCUGCAGGUGCCCAUCUUCUUCACCACAGUGGGGGUCAUGCUGUUCACGUACUCACGCAUCCUGCGGGCCUUGAACAUCCGCAUAGGCUCCCAAUGGAAGAAGGUUCACCGCUUUAGGGGCCCCUCCUGCGGAGGGCGCCAUAAGAAACCGAAGAAAAAGACAGGGCUUGGGGUGGAAGAGGCCAGAGAACAGUGUACAGACAACACCAAGCACCUCACUCACCCUCCCCUCAUCCUGUCACCUACCCUCACUGCCACCUCCCCCCCAGUCCUUUCCACCGCCCCCAUGGUUACAUCAGAAAGUGCUGCCACCCCUGUACCCAUCACUGUUGGUGUCCAAGCAUCUGUGUCAGCCAUAAUUGCCCUGCGACGGGCCGUGCGGCGCCACCGCGACCGUCGUGAGCGCCAGAGGAGGGUGUUCAGGAUGUCUCUUCUCAUCAUCGUCACCUUCCUGGGCUGCUGGGCACCUCUGUCCCUGACCAACGUGCUGAUCCUGUGCCUGGGCCCAAGCGACGCCCUGGUCAGCCUACGCCUCUGGUUCCUGGCACUGGCUUACGGCACCACUGUCUCCCACCCUUUGCUCUAUGCCUUCACCAGGCAGAAGCUGCGCCUCGCUUUUAGAGCCAAGGUGAAGAAGAGGGUGGUGUCCCUGCUCCAAGUGGACCCCUCACCAGGGAGCACUGUCAUACACGACUCCUGGGUGGAGCCGAGGAAGGGAGGGAGGAAGGUUCGACUGAUGGGAAAUGAUGCUGCUGACUGCUGCCUGGCAGAGGCCUUGUGAGACCAGCACCAAUUUGGCAUAUAUGCUUCAUUGCCAAUAGCCACACACCAAUGUAAGUCACAUAUGUUACUCAUGGGACUUCAAGCCCUUGUUGUGGGGGUAUUCAGUUCCAGCUCUGGUCACUGGCAAAACGAAAUGUGACGAUAUAUUUAAAAGUGCUUUAUCAAAUACACAGGAAUCCCCCAAUUAAGUGGUAUAAACUAGUUGGAUGUCUUUCUCCUAAUCAUUUUCUUAAUCAUGCCUCUAAU